GCAGUCGUCGUCUGGGACUGGUUGAUAAGUCUGCAGAGGGAAUGGCAGUUUAUAUGGAAGUCGCACUGGACUCCCGUUAAAGCGUCGUACUUGUUUUGCCGAUAUUGGGUUAUUGCAGUCGUACCUUACUUGCUAUACUGUUUUGUCACCAACCACUCGCAGGAGGAAUGCGAAAGGAUCUACAAAAUCCCAGUGAUCCUCGCAAUGUGGAACCAAGUCGGGUCAGAGUCUGUACUACUGAUCCGCACAUACGCCUUUUUCAACCGGAACAACUACCUCCUUUGCGGCCUUGUGUUCACACUUUCUGGUGUCAUUGCUUUCCAGCUAUACGUAGCAACAUCUCGCAUGACGCGUGAGACAUUUACACAGGGCCCUUGCUUUCCAGUUUCCCGGCCAGGCUCUGCAGACUUGCUCGGAUUUUUUAUUGCUCCUCUGGGAUUCGACACCCUGGUUACGGGCAUGACGCUUGUGAAAUCAAUUGGAAUGCGACGCCGUAACGGGGGGCCGAGCAGCAAACUAAUCCAGACCUUUCUUCGCGAAGGUGUCUUCUACUACAUCCUGAUCUCUAUCGCGAACCUGAUCAACGGCAUCUUUUAUCUUCAACCUCGUCAGGUCAUCUCAGCCAUCAACAUUCCACUUAGCGUUAUGUUGGCUCCUGUUUUGGCUUGUCGGCUUAUUCUUGACCUACGCCAACGAGGUGCUGAAACAGUUGCUCACUCUGAAGGCUCUGGCGUCGGCCCAUUCACUGCCAACUCUGGUGUCAGCACUAAUGGGAAGCGAAGCAAGCCAGAACUUUUCAGCAAACGCCAAUCACAGUACGGUUCGAGUGCAUCGGCGUCCAACAUGAUCAUUCGCGGAGGGGACAGUAUCCACCCUGUUGACCUGGAAGAAGGCGAGGUUGAGCUAGACGAUAUGCAUUUCGAGGCGGGACUGAAUUCCGCUGGCAUCAGUACGCGUACUCUCGGUGGGGCCAGCCCUGCUCCCGCGUACGAUGCUAUCGACCUAGGUUUCAACGCCGGGCUAGAGACUCAAAGUGAAGACUCUCACUCUAACGGAGGGGUGGUUUCCAUUUUCUCCGGAAUCCGAGUAGAUGUGGAGAAAACAACUUCGUCGAUCUAG